CGCAGCUCACUGCGUCACUUCAGGUUAAUGUCGAGCAACAUCAGGCAGCAGCUGCGCCUCUGAGCUAACGCUUCAUCUAUUGUCAGUGUAUUUUUGCUCAGCACACACAGAGAAGGAACAUGUCAGAUACGGAGACAAAACCAUCCAGCCAAGACGGAGGGGAUAAGAAAGACGGAGAGUACAUCAAACUAAAAGUGAUUGGUCAGGACAGUAGUGAAAUCCACUUUAAGGUGAAAAUGACGACACAUCUAAAGAAGCUGAAGGAGUCGUACAGCCAGAGACAGGGUGUCCCAGCAAGCACGCUAAGGUUUCUGUUUGAAGGGCAGAGAAUCGCAGACAACCAGACUCCCAAAGAGCUGGGGAUGGAGGACGAGGACGUGAUCGAGGUGUAUCAAGAACAGACCGGCGGACUUUGGAACGAUUAAACUUCCUGCAUUUCUAAAUCCUUUUAUUUCUUCUUCCUCUUUUACUUAUUUUAUAUUUUAUUUUGUAUGUAUGUAUGUACGUAUUUUUGUUCAGUUUCAAACCAUCUGGAUCAAAAUGGACUAAAUUAGGGCUUCCAUGUGUGUGAGGACAGGCAGGUGAAUAGACCGAGGACACGGACCCCUGGUUCUCUGAGGUGCAGAGAUGAAUUCAGCCCACAUUUACCAAAACAAAACACUUUUUUUCUUGUGGUUUUAUCUUCUCUGUGCAGUUGUGUCAGAAGAGGCAAAUAAUGCUUUGAUAACCAGCUGCAGAAAAGGAAUAGUUCACCCAAAAUGAAAAGGUUUGUCAGCUUUGUUUCAGUUUUCUCCGAAGCGUUUUGGUUUUAAGGCCCACAUGUGAAUUUUAGGUGUUACCUGUGGGUCGAGACAGUGUGGGAUUUGAUAGUUUUAAAGUUUAAAUUGAUCUUCUGCUUUGAUCUGCGCUCCAACCCUUCACGAAGUUAGAUGAAAUUCAGCUUUUGCAUAAUUCUAACAACCAAAAAUGCGGAAAACCGUCAAGGUUAGUCAUGUUAUAGUGAAAAGGAAAAAUCUGACUGGUUUUUGCAUGUAACCAUCGUUGUAUCACCUACUGGAUUCUGGAAAUUUUGAAGCUUUUGAGCCAGAAGUGACCAUAUUUGGUCGAUAAGGUGGAGUACUACGUAAUCGUUUUGGUUAAGAAGCUGACCACGUGAUGUAUUUACACUUGAUAUUAACAUCUGGAUACUGAGACUUAGGGUUGCUUCAUCUAUGGGAGAAAUAUAAUCACGAUUAUUUAAUGCAAUACCUCAAAUUUGGAAACAUCAUCUAUCUUAAAUAGGGUUUUUUGUUGUUGUUGUUAAAACAACUGAAUCAGAACCUGCAGAAUUUAGUUUUCAUCACCAGGGGCAGUGUUUUUAGCCCCUACUGAUAUUUCCUCAGAGGCGUUGCCUGUUUGUAAAUAAGAAUCUGUCCUUUAAUAAUUUACCAGGGUUAAAUAAAGGUUACAGUCACUCACUUCACCAUCUUGUGGUAGAAACUGGUAUCACAUCAAAGUACAGCCCAGUCCUAGUUCAGCCUCAGUUUAUAUCUCCAUCAACACAACACGCAGCAUUUGUUUCUUCACGUUCUGAUGAUAGCUUUAAUGAAGUUUAAGAGCUUUUAGACUAUUUUAAACAGAAGAAUUUAAAUUUAGUACCUCUAAGUGGAAAUUCAUAUCAAAGGAUCAUCAGGAAGUCUCACAGACGAGGACGACUUUGGCUUUUUGUUUUUGGGCUCCUUUGCUGCAUUUGUGCGAAGACAUAAAUAUGUUCUUUCAGCUGAAGAGUCAUGCAGGCGUGCCUUUUUUUUCCCCCUUCUUUCUGUUCAAAUUGCACUCAUUUCAGGCUGUUCAGCAUCUAUUAGACAAUUCAGUACAUGUGAAGGUACCCAAAGAAAGGGAGUGUUAUAGGUUAAAAUGAUUUGGUUUUACUGGUCUGAUCUUUUUGAGAUCAGAUCGGUGUGUAUGUAGCCCAUAAACCAAAGUCAGUUCAGAACCCCUCCUCUGAUGUCAGAGAUCUGUAAUGUUACAUUCGUCUGUCAUGGGGGAUUUAUGCAGAAUUUUCCAUAAUUUUUAAAGGUGUUUGUAACACUGAUGGGUUCUCAUUUUUUUGCCUUCAUGGCUCAAGUCAAGUCAAGUUUAUUUAUAAAGCACAUUUAAAACAACGACGUUGACCAAAGUGCUGUACAAGAUCUGUAACCCCAAGGACUAUACUAAAUAAAAAUAAAAAUAUA